ACCCACCCUUGUGCGCCGCUUCAUCCACUCUCUCCAUCUGAUUUCCUUCCCAUUCCCCCUUUCACCUCUCUUUCUCCUUCACUCUCUUCUUCGCUGAUCCGUUUCCCCACACCGCCAUCACUCACUUAAACAGUUCAACCCCGCCGUCCUCCUUAGCACACCAACAUCGACCUGCUGCAUGAUUGAUAUUCCCAAUCCCUCGACUAUCCACGACACCGUUCUUCUAAUCCUUCACCACAUAUGACAUCUCCUCUCUUUCUUUCUAGAAAUGGCGAUGAUUAGGUAGGCGGGGAAUAAUUCCGAUGAGUGAUGACAACGGCGGCGGAGACAGCACUCGACAUCCAUUGAAGUUUCUAUAUUUUUUUUAAUUUUCGGUCAGAAAUCAAAAACCGGUCGUUCGGUUUGAUUGGCCCGAACAAUUAGCCGUUACUUCCUCUCACCAACCGGUCUUUCUGACCGUUGCGGUUUUGGAAGUGGUCCGAACCGGAAUGACGUGCGGGUGCCGAUUUUACCGGUCCGGCCGACCGGCUCGGUCCGACUUUAAUAACACUGGUUGUAUGACUCUGUGGGCGGGUUCACCGUUCAUUCGAUUACUUAAUUGAGUUGCGGUUCUUUGCGCCUUUUCACAAAAAAAAACCAUCUACUAACAGCUCCUACAACUAGUUACUUCAACCAUUUUCCUCACCAUUUACUUGUUAUGUUUUUGUAUAAUCGAAUUCGUAAUAGUCACGUUGUUGGUAAACACCAGACAGUAGACAAAGAGACUGAGUGACCAAAAGUUGGGGCUUCGAGGACAACCCAUUACAAGAGAAGCAAAUGGAUAGAUGGAUAGAGAAACUCUACUAAGAAGCCCAAAGAAACAACUUUGAACUUUGUACGAUUUUUCUAUCUAGCUGGAGGUAGUCUGCAUUUAAAAUAGUCACGUCGUCAAAAUCAGGAAGACGAGAAGUGGCAUCAUAAGCGUAAUGAAACAAACCAUAAAUAUGUGAAACUACACAAGAAUUUCAAAAUAAUACUCCAGAAAACAUCAUAAUUUGGAACUAGAAACAUACGAGCAUGAAAACUCGAGAAACAUUAAUAAGAAAUUACAUGGAAUUCAUACGGUUACAGUUCCACAAAAUUUAGGAUGUGCACCUGUAAAAUGUUGUUUUAUUGCGUCGGAGGUGAUAUUGGGGUCGGAUUUCGAUAGGCGAGCGGAACUAGGAGUCCAACGGAGAAUGACGGCGCUCAUGUAGAGGAGUAGCAUCGCCUACGAAGUGAGGAUUUGACUGUCGACUAGAACUAGAGAUAAUGAGAUAGAAGAAAGAAAAUGCAAUAGAAUUGAAUAUUUCAAUGAUGGCCGACAAUGCAGAAGUGAAUAAGGCUGACCAUUGCAAUUAUCGCGUAAGUUUUCAAGUCUCAUAGUAAUUUCAAGUCGCGACGGAGAAGAGGAAUCAAUUUGAAAGGAAAAUGAGGGAACUUGUAUUUUGACCGAGACGAUAACUACUGUUGUGAGGAGCAGUUACCAAAAAUACACUUCAUGAGUGUUAAACACAUUAUUCAGUCGGCUCCCUUAAAAAAACGGCCAAUACUACGGUGCCGCUGUAAAAAGUGCGGCACCGGUUACGCAACUUCUGAUUGGUCCACGUGUGCUGAUGUGGCACUGGCUAGAUUAAUUUCAUCUCAAGUUCUCAACCCAGCCCCGAUGGCCCAUUAGAAGUGGCCCAACAAGCCCUCCCAAACUAACGGAGAGAACCAUUCUCCGUCUAAUGCCUUUUUGUUUAUGUUUUUCAUUAAUUAAAUUAAAAUUAAUGUAACAUAUUCUGGAUCCAAUUAAUUUCGUAUGUCCUACUUUCGCCACCAUCCACCGCCACUCAACCUCCUCCUCUGGCGAUUGCGCAGUCUACCUCUCCAAAUUUUAGCUCAACGGGGACGACAAAAUGGAGUCAUCCAAUCAAUCAUAGAUAUAUACACUAGUAAAAACUAAAAUCAACGAAGCCACCCCAAUCAAUCUCUAUAGUCAUUCUACCUGAAAACACAACAAGUAUUCACACAGAUCAAUUAAUCCAAAUCUAUGCAUAUUAGAACAAAAGAUGGUGAGAAAUCACCUUAAUACCCAAGAUGUGCCUGGAUAUGGGGAGGCCCCAAGCCCCCAACUAGUGUGGCUACUCCUCCACCAACAAAAGCAGGGACUUAGAAGGUAGGGAGCAAGAGAGAACAACGCCAAAAUCCAAAUCAAAACCCGAGUGAGUGAGGGAAGAAGUCGAGCCCGAGAACUAGUGAGAGAGGACGCUGAAGUGGGUGAUCUGAAGUGACCUAGGUUGAGGAUGGGCGGCGAAGGGCGGAGUGGGGAAGGAGGAAACUGCAUCAGGUUUCGGAAUUAGGUUGCCCAAACUGUAGUAAGAAGGAUUAAGGAGGAUACCUAAUACUACAUAUGACGGGUUCACUCCGAUUUCUAUCUGGGCAUUACGACCCCAUCAAACCUACAGAGCCACACAGACAGACCAACGUAAAAUCAGAAUUCGGAUAUAUGACAUUGGGGCCAAGAUCAGGGGAAGAUGCGAUUUAGAGAACGAAGAUAGUGAAUGUUUUUUUUCGGGGUGAAUCGAAGAGGAUAUAUAGGAGUAUAUCGUCGUCGGAAAAGUUUGCCAAGAAUUUUAUUGCUUUUACACUCUGUCAAAGUGGGAGACAGAGGAAGACGACAAUGUGUUCAGUAUUUUUCAUUCGUUUUUUCAUUCCUCUAAAUAAACAAAUUCAGUGUAAAUGAUUUAAUGAAAACAAAAACAUUAAAGAAAUAAUAGAUUCAGAUUUCAAGAAAGACGGAAAGCUCAUACUCCGUUAUUUUGGCAGGGGCGAUUUGAGCCCGUUCUAUGGGCCAUCGAAUUUGAUUUUAAUUUAACGAGUUUACCCACUGCCACAUCACAUCCUACAUGGACCAAUUAGAAGUCGCGUUACUGGUGCCGCAUUUUUAACAGCGGCACCAUAGUAUUUGUCCAAAAAAACACCUUAUUCAGUCGGCCAUAUCAAGAAAUUAAAAGAAAAUUACAUGAAAUGGAUUAAAUCAAUUAUCAGGUUCAAGAAAAUAGAUGAAGCCCAUUGGACUUUAGUUGCAUUAUUAGGCUUUUUCCUAUUUUACAUUAGACUACUGUUUGAAUUCGAUUAGGCCCGUGAACGACAAGCCUGAAAAACUUCAAAUGAGUUUUGGGCAUUUGGUCCAUUUCUCAUCAGUCGCCAGCUACCUCGCGCGAUCUGGUUCCGUUUUAUUCUUUUCCUUCGCGGUCGAGCUCUCUGCUCUCUCCCCCACACAGUUUUCUCCCGCUAGAUACCGCAAUCAGAGACACCAGCUUGGUUUGCAUUUUGAGAUGGGGUUCGUGAAGGAGUUUGCGGAGAAUCUGAUCCUGAGGUUGAUGGAGGAUCCUCAAGAGAGGGACAAGAGGUUCAGGGAACAUGUGUACUCGAUGAAGGAUCGGUGCAAGAAGACGAAGGAGAUGUGGAGCUUGCCUCUCCGCCCUUAUGGGUUCUGGACGUUCGAUCGCCACAAUGCGCAGCUAUUUUGGGAUCCUCAGAUCAGCCAGGUCCAAGGCCGGAGGGACCCUUAUGAUGAUGUUCUUCGCACACUCAAUGGUCAUCCUCCUCCCAAGUGACCUUUUCAUUCUCGCAGGUUCGGGUUUACAUUUUUGGGCUAAAUUUGAUUGAUGUGCUUAUGGUGAUGUUGUUGAUUGUGCAAUUAUCUCAUGUUUUUAUAUGAAUCACUCAGGGAUAUCGAUCAUUAUGUUUUCUCAUUAUGAUUUGGAUGUGUUGGAAUUGUUUUGAUUGUUCAAUCAGCCAACAAGUUGUUAUGAAUUACUCUAUUGUCACUCAGUUUCUGUGAUGUUAGCACUGUGUAGGAGAGAUGGUUGAGUGGUUCAAAGUGAAGCAUUGAGAUCUGUUUCAUUUGUUUUUAGUCAACAGCUGAUAUGAGUAAUCCUGAUAUCUGGUAGCUGAUGGUUUAGCAUUAUGGUAGCUAAAUUUGCUGAUAGAGCUAUAGAUGGGAGAUUAAAGCAGCUUUCCUGGAAAGCGAUUCCUUUAUAUUACACUUGAUUGCUGUUCCUAUUUCAUUCAUCUGAUCUUGCAUGUCAACUGCUUUCGUCCAUUAUGCUGUGGGAUUUGCACAAGCAAUUAUAUCUUCUCCAGUUGUUUGGCGCAGGAGCGUGACUGGUUGCCUGGACGAGCUUUUUUCACUUUGAAGGAAGACCGUCUGGUUGUGUGAUUGUCCGAGAACUCAUGAACUAUUUGCCCAGUGUGUUUCCUGGUUCCGAAUACAUACAUACUCGGGUUGAAAUAAUUGUCUAUGUAACUCUGUUUUGUGCAAUUUUCUUCUCCAGUUGAACAAUGGAAAUAUAAAUCAUGUCGUUUUGGAAUGACCUCAACCAGCAACGUGGUACACUGGCUACUGUUGCACUCUGUAGCCCACAGUACAAUUAUUGAUGUCUUAUUGUGCUUCAUGUUACUUGUACUGGUUUUGCCUGGAUGGCCGUAGACUUGCACAGACCUGUGUAAGGUUGCGUUUUUUAUUUCAUAAAGUCAGAGUACAGAA